GAAAAAAAAGAUGGGUAGAGGAAAGAUUGAGAUAAAGAGGAUUGAGAACAACACGAACCGGCAAGUCACCUUCUGCAAACGGAGGAAUGGACUGAUGAAGAAAGGUUAUGAACUGUCAGUCCUCUGUGAUGCUGAGGUUGCACUGGUUGUCUUCUCCAAUAAAGGUCGCGUAUACGAGUACGCUAGCAAUGACAUGAAAUCAACUAUAGAGAGGUAUAUGAAGGCAUCUGCAGAUAACUCUAACUCUUACAUUGUUCAAGAGACAAAUGCUCAGUAUUAUCAGCAAGAAUCGAAGAAGCUGCAACGACAAAUAGACAUGCUUCAGAGUACCAACAGGCAUUUGAUGGGUGAAGGCUUGGGCUCUUUAAAUGUGAAGGAAUUGAAGCAGAUGGAAAACAGACUUGAACGAGGCAUUGCAAGAAUCAGGUCAAAAAAGAACGAAAUGAUGCUCGCGGAAACUGAAAGUAGGCAGAAAAGGAAUACUGAGCUGGAACAUGAAAAUGCGAUCCUCCAAGCGAAGAUAGUAGAAAAUGAGAGACUUCAGCAGUUAACCAUGAUGCCUGGGCAAGAGUACAAUGCAAUCCAUGCAUUCUUAUCACGCAAUUUGCUCUCACUUGAUAUGAUGGACACAGAACCAGUUGUUUAUCGCCCACUUCCUGAGAAGAAGGCUCUUUAUCUCGGGUAA